AGGAAAAGAUACAGUAUUAGUGUUCAUCAGAUUCCAACACUCGUUAUUUUCAAUCAAUUAAUUAAUUAAAGACCGAUUAAAAAAAUAUGAAAGAUGUCCCGGGAUAUCUGGUUCUUCAGCAAAGCACAAGCUCUAGUCCUGAAAUGGCGGCGCAGUGGCACGCGCUUGAAGAUUUGUACAACAGAAAAUUGUGGCAUCAGUUAACUCUGAAGUUGACGGAGUUUGUGAAAGACCCUUAUUUUAAAACUGGAGACACUCUUAUCCAGCUCUAUGAAAACUUUCUCAGUGAUUUUGAGCACAGAAUAAACCCCCUGUCUCUGGUGGAAAUUAUUCUCUAUGUUAUCAGACAAAUCACAGACCCAAAUGAUGCAAUUACCUUUCUUGAGAAGACCAAAGAAAAGGUGAAGAGCAGUGAUGAAGCUGUGAUCUUGUGCAAAACAGCUAUCGGGUGUCUAAAAUUAGAGAUCAAUGACCUCGCUACAACAAAGAAACUGAUAGAGGAAGUGGAGGAAAUGCUGAAUAAUUUGUCUGGUGUAACAUCAGUCCAUGGGCGUUUCUAUGAUUUAUCCAGCAAGUACUAUCGAUUUGUGGGAAACCACGCACUGUACUACAAGGAUGCACUGCGAUAUCUCGGAUGUGUCGACAUAAAAGAUUUAUCUGAGACAGAGAAACAGGAGAGAGCGUUUACACUGGGGCUCGCGGGACUGCUCGGCGAGGGAGUGUAUAAUUUUGGAGAGCUUCUGAUGCACCCAGUGUUGGAGUCUUUAAGAAAUACAGAUAAGCAGUGGCUUAUAGAAACGCUGUAUGCCUUCAACAGCGGCAACGUCGUCAAGUUCCAGGCUUUAAAGUCAGCCUGGGGUCAGCAGCCAGAUCUUGCAGCUCAUGAGGUCAAACUGAUGCAGAAGAUUCAGCUCCUCUGCGUAAUGGAGAUGACUUUUACACGGCCCACCAAUAACAGACAGCUGUCCUUCCAGGAAAUUGCCCAGAGCGCCCAAAUCCCAGUGAACGAGGUGGAGCUGCUCGUGAUGAAAGCACUCUCAGUUGGAUUGAUAAAAGGGAGCAUUGAUGAAGUGGAUCAGACUGUUCAGAUGACAUGGGUUCAGCCAAGAGUACUCGAUUUACACCAGAUUAAGGGCAUGAACGAGCGGCUGGACUCGUGGUGUAAAGACGUGAAGAACAUGGCGGUGUUAGUGGAGCAGCAAGCCCAGGACAUCCUCACUUAACACUACGUAUCAUUCCUAUCAACACUCAUCUUUCCACUAUUCCUUUUAUUUUUCCUGUGUUUACACUUUACCCUGGCAGUGAGGUCUUAAUUUCUACAAUUAAUGUGAGCAUAUAUUUAAGUUAUUCCACAAAAUCGAGUCAUACACAAGGUGAUAGCGGCUAUCAGCCAUGUACGACGAGAUUGAGUGGAAUAACUGUUUUAUUCUAGCCACAUUCACUGGAUUUUGAGAAACAGAGCAUUUUUAUUUUUAUUUUUUUGCAAAUUCGAUAAAUAAAAACUUUAUACAAAGCGUCCGACAAAAUCAUCUCCGCUUAGAAUGUAAACAAACCGGCGAAAUGACAGGAGCAAUUUGUGAAAAAUGGGGUAAUAAUAAUAAUUCUUGAAAAAAAAAAUGUUCUUACCAUCAAAUACUUUCAUUCUACAUUUUGUUGGGGUUUUUUUUUGGUAUUUUGGGGGUUUUGUUUUCGAGUAGUGUUUUUAUUUCGUCCUCGGUUGGUUCAGCAAAAUGCUCCGCCAUUUUGUUUUUUUCUACUCACGGUAUAUGAACUGAUAGCCUCGUAGUAGAGUAGCCAAUCAGAGCACACGAUUGCUCAUAUCCAGUGAAUGUGGCUAGAAUCUGUGCUAUUUAAGCUUUGUGGGAUUUUUUAAUGUUUUUUUUCUAGAUACAUUCAAUUAAUAGAAUACCACCUGACUCAAAUAUCUAUGUAUCCGUUCCUAUGAUCAUUAUCAUUCCUGAGAAUGCAAUUUCAGUCAAGAAAAAAUCCUUCCAUUCUCCGAAAUAGUCUUGUGAAUUAAAACACUGUGUAAAAUGGCUGUCAGGGAUUUCAGAUAUACAGUAAUAUUGCUCAAACAGUAUAUCAGUAUAUCUGUUCUUGCUCUAGAUGGAUUAAUAAGUGUUAUACUUUAUGUAUUGUGCAUAUUUAAAGCUUGUCCACAACAGAAUAGUACAACCCCGAUUCCAAAAAAGUUGGGACAAAGUACAAAUUAAAAAAAAAAAAAGGGAAUGCAAUAAUUUACAAAUCUCAAAAACUGAUAUCAUAUUCACAAUAGAACAUAGACAACAUAUCAAAUGUCGAAAGUGAGACAUUUUAAAAUUUCAUGCCAAAUAUUGGCUCAUUUGAAAUUUCAUGACAGCAACACAUCUCAAAAAAGUUGGGACAGGGGCAAUAAGAGGCUGGAAAAAUUAAAGGUACAAAAAAGGAACAGCUGGAGGACCAAACUGCAACUCAUUAGGUCAAUUGGCAAUAGGUCAUUAACAUGACUGGGUAUAAAAAGAGCAUCUUGGAGUGGCAGCGGCUCUCA